UGAAGAGCAGUGGGACAGCACAGAUCAGUCAGUGUGAAGCGGCGACCAGACAAGAGGAAGCUAGACAAUCGAUGAGCUCUUAGGAGCCAACACUUUUUUUCUGAUUGUUGGGGACCCCGCCAUUCAACAGGUAUGGACUGAUAACUGAAAUGUUUUCUCUAUCAUGGAUUUACAUUUAUGGAUUUAUUUGCUAUUUAUUUAUUUGUUGAAGGAGUGUUUUUGAAAAAGAAUAAUCUAAAAAAAAUAUUGAAUUUAACUGUGAAGAAAAGCAUGAGAGUAAACUCUGAGACACUUGUUGUGACGUUUCAACAUCUUGAUCUUGAUUUACAGCCAGGAUGGCUCGGGAUAUGUCAGAUAAGGAAAUCCUGAAAAUGGAACUGGAACAGCUGAAGAAGGAAGUUAGCACACCCAGGACACCAGUGAGCGCAAACUGUGCCGAGACCAUUGCUUUCUGCGAGGAACAUUUACCAAACGACCCGCUGAUCAAGGGCGUCUCAGAUGACAAGAACCCCUACAAGGGAGACAAGGGAGGCUGUAUAGUAACAUAGCACAUCGCAGACAUCCAGGGAAAAAUCGCAAUGUUUGUUAUGAGAGCUGUGACGUUGCUGUAGGAAUUCCUGUGGAUGAAAUGUAUAGUGGCAGUAAGAAAACUCAGAUCUGUAACAGUACUGAAACAAGGAUUACUGUAUUUACCUGUUGAUAUGAAAAUGUCUGUCAAUUUGUAAUUAAAUUCAAAUAGCUGUACAAAGCCUCACCUGGCUGCUCACAUUAUUGCUAUACAU